CGAGCACACUGCAGAGCGCCGUCCAGCCUGGUAACACACAGCUUGGUGCCUUUAUUUGUUUUUAUAGUCUGCGGUAAUGUGAUAACGCCGAUUAAAUAAACGAGGACUUUUCGGAAAGAGGAGGAGCAGGUAAAGUUCAGACACGUUGGCAGCGUGGGCUCAGCGACGCUUUCAACUUUAAAACUAGCUUGUGCUGGUGUAAAGUUUUCACAUUAAUUUGUUUCGCGGGCUCAGUGUCGGUUUCGAUAUCGCAGAUAAAGAGCAUGUGAAGAGCCACCCGGGCUCAGACAUGGAGACUCACCCGGACAGCAGGAGCUCAGACGGCUGCUUUGACAGGACUUGCUCCGCUCUCACCGUCGACAAUGUGUACGACAUCGCCAAACUCAUCGGCACCGAGGUGGAGAAACUCAUCGACGGCUACGGCAAGGAGAGCGUCGAGGGUCUGGUGCCCAAAAUAGUGAAAGUGUUGGAGCUGCUGGAGAGCUUCGCGUCGAGGAACAACGCUCACAAACUGAGAGAAGAGGAGCUGCUGAGGACCUUCGAGACCAUCCAGCUGCAGCAGAACAAGAAACGCGGAGGGAAGGAAAGCGAGGAGAGCAACGAUAAAAAUGAAAUGCGGGAGCUGCAGCAGAAGGAGGAGCAGUGGAAGAGGAGGUGUGAAGAGCUGCAGGUCCAAGUCCAGCAGCUCCAGGAGGACAGGGAGGAGCUGCAGAGCAGGCUCAGGGGCAACCAUGCACAAGAGGACCGUGUUCAGCGGCAAGAGCGGGAGGUGAUGCUAAAGCUGAAGGAGGUAGUGGACAAGCAGAGAGAUGAGCUGAGGGCCAAAGUGCAGGAGAUAACCACCAUCUCUAAAGAGGUGGAGGCGCUCCAGGAGCAGCUGGACCGCUUCAUGAAAAUGAAUGCUGAGCUGCGACACAAGCAGAACGUGCUGCAGGCACAGCUGAAGAGCACCGUGGAGAGGAAGGCUGACAUGGAGGCCGACCUGAAGGAGAAAAGCAAAGAAAUCGAAAACCUCCAAAUACAGUUGGACAGAACCAACAGCAAUGGCCCGUCUAGUCCAAGUCAAGCAGUGCACGUGUCAAAGAAAAAGUCAACCUCUGACCACAAGGAUCCUGAUCAGCCCUGCUUCACCAAGAAGGAGGUGCGUGACAUCCUUUUUGAGAGGAACGAGCUCAAAACCAACUUGUUUCUGGUGCAGGAGGAGCUCAACUACUAUCAGAGGGAGAUACUGAAUGAGGAACGGUGUCCAGGUUUCCUCUUAGAGGCCGUCCGCUCUGCCAUCAAAAAGAGAAGAAAACUUAUAAAGGCCAAGAUGCUCGGGAUUCCUGUCAACGAAUGCAGCAGCAGCGAUGAGGAAGAGAGGAGUUCUCUGUUUGGGCAGACAGAAGUGGAUGGCACAGAAGUAGACGGGACUGACAAACCAGCUGAAUCACGCAUUCGAAACCUCUUUGGCUUCCUGACGCGGUCGGGCAGCAGUCGGAGUCCCACCCACAUGAGCAGCUCCGCCUCCACCUGGGAGAUCAUCGGAGACUCAGAGGCCAACGAGGAGGCGGAGCAGCGGACGUCUUCUUGAGCCUGGUACUGACCGCAGAGUUUGCACUGUGUGAUUCCUUCAAGUUUGUCACAACACUUUCCCUCAGCUUGUAACAAAAACAUCUGGUUGUGGCUCAGAGGAAAGGUUACGAGGACAUUUGAAUGCAGACCCAGAGUAUAACAGAAAAGCACUGUGUGAGAGUGAGGAAGGAGAAUGUGUUUUUAAACAAAUCCUGUCUCACUUCUUAAAUUCAGUUUCGGUCAUGAUUAUCUCAGUUUCUUUAUUGUUAAUUUCACCCUUGUUAGAAGCCUAAUUAUUUUCAUUACAAGUGAUAAACAAGGAGAACACUGUGUAGCUAUAGUGUACCAUGAUACAGCGUGUGACAGUAUUAAGAGGGACAUUUUUAAAAAGUAUUCCUUUUGUAUGAUUCAAGUAUUAAAACAACAAUCAUGUUAUUCUUUAUUGUAAAAAAAAAGACUCAUUGUUGGUAAUUUUUGAAAAGUUAAAUAUUCCGCACAGAUAUUUAUAUACAUCCUCAAAUAUUUUUCAUCAAAACCAAAGACAAUACAAAUAUAUCUAUUCUGAAAUGAAACUAUCCACUUUAGUAAAAUGGAACGCAGUAAAUUAAGUUCACCUCUGUUCCACAAGAGUGCAAUGGCUUAUUUUAUGACUUAUACAAAUAUUUUGCCUCACAAAUUAGAAUAUAACUCGUACCUCAUUAGGGAAUUUCUUAAGCCAUGUUGUUACUCAUGUAUUAUCAUGAUUUUAAGCACUUUUAUGUGAAAGGAAAAAGAAAACUUGUAGCUUUGGUACCAGUCUUUUCCAGCAGUGAGUGUGUUUUGACUCCUUAAGCCUUAACCUACUGCUUAACAAUAUAUUUUUAAACAUUUUCCAACAUUAGUUCUUGCACAGAGCCAAAGCAUUUGGCUGGAGUGUGUUUGAUGGUGGUGCCAUAAGUUCAUUUCUGGCUGAUGUGUCAGCCUCUGUAGGUUGAUUACGUUAAAUUUAAGUUCCUUGUGGAAUUGAGAAAUGUGUGUUGGAUGUUUUUAAGCUCAACUACCUUCAACCGAUGAGCUACAUAUAUAAAGUCACCAGCUUUAUUGUGUCUGAUUCCCUUACUCCCUCUAAAUAUCUGAUCAAAGCAGUACUCAGACAGAUCAGUGGUUUUCCUUUGAGGGACAAUGUACGAACUUCCAAUCAGACCACCUUCUCCUAAAAUACUGUGUUUGCAAUUUAUUUUUGUAAGCAUGUUUGUUAUGCUGAUGAAAACACACUUAAGAUGUGAAUCACCAUGUACGUGAAUUUUAUUGCAAGUUUGAUAAAAAAGAAUAGUCCAAAAUGUGGAUUUUCUGUGAUUUUGAAAUCUCAAUAAAACCCUUUAAACACAGAA